GCACAUUGAGGUGCAGGAAUUGGCAAAGAGCAACGAGUCCCAAACAUUGCUCUUACCACUCGUUACACCUACCUGAAAAUAAGGAGGAACAGACAGUCUGCCAUCUGUGUAUGAAGACAAGUCAGAGGCAGCAAUGUCUUCAGCGGUGGAUCUCAAAACCAAGGAGGAGAAGGAUGCGGAGUUGGACAGACGAAUUGAAGCUCUGAGGAAGAAGAAUGAAGCUCUGGUCAAGCGGUAUCAGGAAAUAGAGGAGGACAAGAAGAAGGCGGAGCAGGAGGGCAUCGCCAUUACAACACCACGGAAGCCCCGCAGCCACGAACCAGAGACAGACAGGAGGAAGACGGAGAAGGAAAACUUCACCGUCACAGUCGACCUCUCUAAACAGACAGGGGAUAAGAGAGUCGUGAACGAUUGGAAACCUGGUACACCUCGUGGCCGGAAGACAUCGGAGGAGAGUGAAGGGCACAGAGGACCAGGUGAGGGCCACAGAGGGCCGGGUGAGGGCCACAGAGGUCCAGUCGAGGGCCACAGAGGUCCAAGUGAGGGCCACAGAGGUCCAGUCGAGGGCCACAGAGGUCCAAGUGAGGGCCACAGAGGUCCGGGCGAAGGCCACAGAGGUCCGGGCGAGGGCCACAGAGGUCCGGGCGAGGGCCACAGAGGUCCGGGCGAGGGCCACAGAGGUCCGAGCGAGGGCCAUAGAGGUCCAGGCGAGGGCCACAGAGGGCUGAGCGAUGGCCACAGCCCACCUAGGAGGUCAGGAUCUGGACGAGUGGGUCGAGGAGGGCAGAGAGGAGGAAGAGGAGGAGGAGGAGGAGGAGAACGUCAGGACAGGAGAGACCGAGAACCCAGGACACCCAGAGAUGGAGAGACUGGAGAUUCAGGAGGACAGGGACGAAGAGGAGGAAGGAGAGGCAGAGGAGGAGGAGUAGGGGGAGGUGGAGGAGGAGUAGGAGUAGGAGGAGGAGACGGAGGAGGGACCCCAGGUGCAAUGGACAGAAAAUCCAAGGAAUGGGAGGAGAAGAGGCGACAGAACAUUGAAAAGAUGAAUGAAGAAAUGGAGAAAAUAGCAGAGUAUGAGAGAGGACAGCGGCCGGAUGGAGACAAGCCUAUCCGUAACUUCCUGGACGACCCGAGACGCUCCGGUCCAGCCCCGGAUAUAGACCGCAAAGAGGGCAGCAGGAGACACGUACGAAACUGGGGAGGCCUGGACUUCGACAACGUAAAGACGGGAACUGAACUGGAGAAAGAGUGGACUAGUCGAAGGCCUGGUCCAAAAGGCUCCAUGGACAUGACAAUGUCCAUGACCGGCCGGGAGAGAGCGGAGUACCUGCGCUGGAAGAAGGAGCGUGAGCAGAUUGACGAGGAGAGACUAGCACGCCAUCGUAAUGCCACCGGCCAGUGGAGACGAGAGUGGGAUGCACAGAAGACGGACAGCAUGUUCAAGGAGGACCCAUAUGCGGCAGCAGAGGGCAUCACAUCAGAGCAGGGCAGCAGAAGAGACGAAAAUAAGCGACCACCUAAAGCUCCGACAUUUGGCGAAUUCCUGUCCCAGGGCAGGACGCAGGGACCCCGAGGGGAAUGGACCCGGGGACGGGGAAGAGGACAGAAACAGAGCUACAGCAUGCAUGACAACCGCUGGGAAGGAGAGAAAGAAGAAGGAGAGGAGGAGAAGGAGAAAGAAAAGGGUGACAAAACAAAGAGAGAGGAGAAACCUAAAAAGAAGGAGAAAGAGGAAGAAAAACCCAAACCUCCAACCGUGCAGAAGGUGGAGGAGAAAGGCGCUGACGGAGAGGAGGAUGACGGAGAAUGGGAGGAUGCCAGCGAUGGAGAGGAAGUCGACGAAGGAGUGGAGGAAGGCAGCGAUGGUUCUGACGGAGAACACGACGAGAAGAAAGACACCGGGAAGGAGAAACCAAACAAGAGUAAAGAUGCCUCCCCUACAACUUCCAAACCUCGUUCUCGAACAACAUCGGCAGGAAGCCCCAAAGAGCAGCGGACCCCCAGGCCGAAGGUCCACAUCCCCUCCCCGGCAGCGGCGCAGGAGUCACCUGAGGGAGGAAAACCACUCAGCCCCUUCUCCCCGCUGGACGGCCACCAGCCCGUUACAGACUGGGGGGAGGAGAUGGAAAUGCAGUCGCCCCGAAGCAGCAUGGGAGGAGAGAGCCCACUGAAACCCCCCAGCGCUGAGUCCAGCCCCCCUCAAAAGAAGGAGCAGGGGGAGGAGACAAAGAGUCAAGCUGCCACCUCUGAUGAACCUGCUGAGCCACAAAAAGAGGAGGAGAGAGGUGUAAAGGUUUCCUCGCCUCCAGAAGAAAAGCCUCAAGUCCGGCAGACUGUGAUAGUGUCAGAACCAGAACCAGAGUCUGUCCCUGCAGCCUCUCCGGCUGCACCGGCAUCUGACCCCGCCCCACCCCAGGUGGAGGUGUCUGACCCCGCCCCACGCCAGGUGGAGGUGUCUGACCCCGCCCCGCCUCAGGAGGAGGCGUCUGACCCUGCCCCGCCUCAGGAGGAGGUGUCUGACACCGCCCCGCCCCGGGACGAGGUGUCUGACCCCACCCCGCCCCAGGAGGAGGUGUCUGACCCCGCUCCCUCUGAAGUUAGCGAGGCUGCUGUGACGAAGGAUGAGGAUACACCUGCUGCCCCUUCACAAGACAAAGCGGACACCCCUCCUCCCUCCUCUCCCGCAAUCCUGGAAGCUGAGCAGAGUUCCUCUGAGCCAGCAGGAGACAAAGAUAACAACAACCCAGCAUCCUCUGAGACCGCCGCCACUGCUCUGACAGCAGAGACGGCGGAUUCCUCAGAGCAGCCGUCCUCAGGCUGAAGCUGCUGGGAACAAAAGGAGGAUGGAAAAAGGAGAGAGAGAGACGGAUGAAGAGCAUCACACUACUCAUCACUGCAACGACCAUCACACAUCUUUAAAAAAAAGUUUUUAAAAAAAGACUUAAACUAUAUGAGGAGGAAGAAAGAGGAGGAGGAGGGACUGUGCUUUGCCACCAGCCUCACAUGUUCACAGCUCACUCGUUUGUCUGCAGCAGAGCUGUUCAACUCUUCUUUUUUAUUAGGAUCAUGUCUCGCUGCCAUUUUUUUUGUCUCACUAUAUUUAAUAUGGAGAUAUCACAGAGUUUCUGGUUUUUCAGCAGAAUGAACUGAGCAUGGUCCUUGAUUAUGUCCAGAAGAACCACCACAUACACAAAUCAUGGAAGAUAGAUUUAAAAAAUGCUGAAAAAAUAACUUUUAAAAUACCUUUUUCACAGCUUCACAUACAAGAUUAUUAACACGUUUAUGAAUUAAGCCACUUGUCCGUUAUAGGCUGAUCCAGUCCCCCCCCCCCCCUUAAAAUGAACUAAAUGAUGCCCCGUUGAG